AUGGGGAGCAGCAAGAGCAAACCCAAAGACCCCAGCCAGCGCCGGCGCAGCCUGGAGCCCACCGACAACGCCCAUCACGGGGGCUACCCAGCCUCGCAGACGCCCAGCAAGGCGGCCGCUCCCGACGCCCAUCGCACCCCCAGCCGCUCCUUUGGGACCGUGGCCCCCGAGUCCAAGCUCUUUGGAGGCUUCAACACCUCCGACACGGUCACCUCGCCGCAGCGUGCCGGGGCACUGGCUGGUGGAGUCACCACUUUCGUGGCCCUCUAUGAUUACGAGUCCCGGACCGAAACGGACUUGUCCUUCAAGAAAGGAGAGCGCCUGCAAAUCGUCAACAACACGGAAGGUGACUGGUGGCUGGCUCAUUCCCUCACUACAGGACAGACGGGCUACAUCCCCAGUAACUAUGUCGCGCCCUCAGACUCCAUCCAGGCUGAAGAGUGGUAUUUUGGGAAGAUCACUCGCCGGGAGUCCGAACGGCUGCUGCUCAACCCCGAAAACCCCCGAGGGACCUUCCUGGUCCGGGAGAGCGAGACCACGAAAGGUGCCUACUGCCUCUCCGUCUCUGACUUCGACAACGCCAAGGGGCUCAACGUGAAGCACUACAAAAUCCGCAAGCUGGACAGUGGCGGCUUCUACAUCACCUCCCGCACCCAGUUCAACAGCCUGCAGCAGCUGGUGGCCUAUUACUCCAAACACGCCGACGGCUUGUGCCACCGUCUCACCAACGUCUGCCCCACUUCCAAGCCCCAGACCCAAGGCCUCGCCAAGGAUGCCUGGGAAAUCCCCCGGGAAUCGUUGCGGCUGGAGGUCAAGCUGGGGCAGGGCUGCUUUGGAGAGGUGUGGAUGGGGACCUGGAACGGCACCACCCGGGUGGCAAUCAAGACUCUGAAGCCAGGCACCAUGUCCCCAGAGGCUUUCCUGCAGGAAGCCCAGGUCAUGAAGAAGCUCCGGCAUGAGAAGCUGGUUCAGCUCUACGCCGUGGUUUCAGAGGAACCCAUUUACAUCGUCACCGAGUACAUGAGCAAGGGGAGCCUCCUGGACUUCCUGAAGGGCGAGAUGGGCAAGUACCUGCGGCUGCCCCAGCUCGUGGAUAUGGCGGCUCAGAUCGCAUCUGGCAUGGCCUACGUGGAGAGGAUGAACUACGUCCACCGGGACCUCCGGGCAGCCAACAUCCUCGUGGGGGAGAACCUGGUGUGCAAAGUGGCUGACUUCGGCUUGGCGCGCCUCAUCGAGGACAAUGAGUACACUGCUCGGCAAGGCGCAAAGUUCCCCAUCAAGUGGACGGCCCCCGAAGCGGCUCUGUACGGCAGGUUCACCAUCAAGUCGGACGUCUGGUCCUUCGGCAUCCUCUUGACUGAGCUGACUACCAAGGGCAGAGUGCCGUACCCAGGGAUGGUGAACCGGGAGGUGCUGGACCAGGUGGAGCGGGGGUACCGCAUGCCCUGCCCACCCGAGUGCCCCGAGUCCCUGCACGACCUCAUGUGCCAGUGCUGGCGGAAGGACCCGGAGGAGCGACCCACCUUUGAGUACCUGCAGGCUUUCCUGGAGGACUACUUCACCUCGACAGAGCCCCAGUACCAGCCCGGCGAGAACCUAUAGACCUGGAGCUCCUCCUGGCACCAGGGACGCUGCUGUCCU